AUGGCCACCAUCACCUCCUCCAGUCUACUUUUCUUAGGCACCCUCGGGGCGAUUCUGCUCUGGGGCGUUGCUUUCACCAAUGGGACCCUGGACAAUAUGAACGCCGUUAUUGCGCAGGGCUUCUUCCCGGACGGACGGCGACUUCGCUCAACGUAUACCGGGAAUGGGGUGCUUGAUGCGCGCCUGACCUACCUGGCAGCCUUCUACGAGGUGCUGUCAAACGAUCUCUCCGAUGGCCCUCGUCGACUCUUUGUCGAUCUGGUCGUCCUGCUUUGUUGCUCUGGCGUAUGGGUGUUUAUCGAGAGCCGCCGGCGCGGAGUCCGCAAACUUGCCCUGCGCCACCCCAUCCCGUUCAUCAUCCUGUGGAAUGCCCUUGGCGCCGCCGUUAUCCAGCCCCUCUACUUCUACAGCAUCUGCCAGAGCGAAGCCACCGCGCGGGACCCAACGGUCCCCCUGAACGAAGCCGUUGCCCUCUUCGCCACCACCAUCCCGACCAUGCUGCUCUUCCCGCUGUUCCUCUUCGCCCCGUCCUGGCUCGGCUGGGACACAUGGACUCACCACGGGUCCAUUGCAGGCUUCCUGGGCUCGCCUUUCCUCAUGGUAAUCAUCUGCCUCCUGUGCAUUGCCCUUCAAUAUCCCCGCCACGGCCUGGUUGCUUCCAAGAAUCCCCGGGCCCCGAACGUAGACAGACCCUGGAUCGUCGCCUCCUUUCUAUUCACGGCAGCCGUAUCCGCCGCCGUGCACCUCUUCAUCGUCUUCAGCGCUCUGGCUGUCCCAGGACGCGAUGCCAGUCUGACCAGACUGUUUUGGCCCACUCCCGGCAAAGUCGGUAACCCUGUUGACACGGGAUCUCUGCAGCCGAGAGCAUACCUGACGUUGCUGGAGGGGUACCAUCUAUUUUCGCAGUUUGAUUGGAUUGUGGUUAGUCUGGCUUGUGUGUUCUAUGUUCACUUGCUGCUAGGGAAGGUCGAUGGGAGGACUGCCCAGUGGCGGCGGCUGGCUUGGUUGCUUCUUGGAUCUGUGGUGAUUGGACCUGGAGCCGUAGGGUCGAUGGCUUUGGCUGUGAGAGAGUAUCGGCUGAGGGAGGAUGGAGUAAAGAAGAAGAUGUAA